CUGCAUAUAUAUAUAUACAUCAUGCGAUAUAUUUCGAGUCACCUGGAUGAGAGACGAAGUAGUCAGGGGUUUGGUUCCAGCAAAGUCCACGUGGCAGUGAUUAGAUUUCGUGUCCGCCACGACCCCUCCAAUGCACACUUGCUUGAUUUCGUACUUCACCGCCCCCGUCCCAUUUCCUUGAAAAAUCCAGAAAGGUCAUUACAAGAUUUACCAGACAACGGGUCACCGCCUUCCCCAAUAUGUGGACGUCUGCUGUAUGGGUGCUGUUCACUGGCAGCGUUUUCGUAAUUUGUUCAGCCGGUCCACCUGUUAAAGUUUCGCUGAGGUCGUCAUGGCGUGCACCACCAGUCCUGGUCGAAAUAAUUGAGACGGUCGCGCUGGAGAAUCCAGAUGCUUUUUUCCCAUUCGUCGACAGUAUAACGAAUCCCGAAACACAUGCGCUCGCAAAAGACCUUAGUCCCGAAGCCGUGCAUCAGCUUGCACUGCAAGCAGCUGCAACAAGCGGGUUCCUUUCGGAACCGGGGGCUCUGACCGCGGUAGAAAUGAACCUAGCAAUGCACUCUGCGACACCGAAGAUUGAGGCUUUUUAUCAGUACUACUCUGACCUGAAUUCGGAAGUUGAUUGCGGCUCCUGGGUUGACUGGUAUGGCACAGUUGUAUGUGACGUAGAGACUCUGGUCCAGCUUGCGGGCAGGGAGACCAUUGAUUCGAAGCAAGACUUACCUACUCCUUUCAGCCGGCCCAAGAUCCUGUCCUUUGAUCACAUCAACCCUUCUCCCAGCCUGACCUUGGACAUUCCGCCUCGCACGGCCAUUCUAUACGCGUCUUUAGACUCGGAAAAUUUCCGCGAGCUACAUUCGUAUCUGUUAUCCCAUGCUUCUUCGAACAGCAUUGAAUACGUCUUGCGACAUAUUCCCCCCAAGCAAACCGACAAUGCUCCGAAAAGUUUCUUGUCUGGCUACGGUGCUGCGUUGGACCUCAAGAAGAUGGAUUACUUGGCAGUGGAUGAUCGAAACAUGAAUGGCGUAGCUGGAGCCGCAGACGAUACCUCGGAGGUUGGGAAACGAAUUGACGCUGUGGCAUCUUUGAUAGAAGCGCAUCCGGAGAAUACCACCGCACCGGAAGCCACAGUCCCGCUGACAGAUGAGGAAAUCUUAGUGCUGAGUUUGAAGGCAUCUCAAAUCAUUGCCGAAUCUUCCGAGCCUCUGGAUACACUUAGAAUCAUUUCGCAAGACUUUCCCAGAUAUGCAACUUCGCUCGGAAGACGCGUUGGAGCAAAUGAGAGUAUCGCUCAAGAAUUACACACCAAUCAACUCAGAGUACAAGCCGGUGGACAUGCUUUCUGGCUCAACGGAGUACCACUCGCAGAGAAGGAUGUCACGCCGUAUGGAUUGCUGAGGGUGUUUCGUAAGGAGCGUGGAAUAAUGUCGUCGUUGACUUGUUUGGGUCUUUCAAGGGCUCAGGCGAUGGAACUGCUCACGCAUCCCAUCAUUGCAGCUGGUCAAGGUGACAAGACUGGGUUUGAUGACUUGGUUGAUGCUAGCGAUCGACCUGAAGGAGGUGAGGUCAUCACUUGGUGGAACGACUUGGAAAAGGAUAGCAGAUAUCAACGUUGGAAUCCAGCUCUUUCUAUGCUCCUCCGGCCUUUGCAUCCAGGACAGUUCCAUAACAUCAAACUGAACAUAUUCAACAUCGUUCUGGUACUAGACUUAUCUCAGACCAAUGCAUUGACUUUCAUUGGCGGCGCAGUUUCUAACAUCAUCGAAAGAAGCUUUCCUUUCCGCUUUGGCAUAGUACCUAACAUCGAAAGUGAAGAUGGUCUCAAGAUGGCCCGGUUAUUCUACUUCCUUGUGGAUAAUUUUGGCAGAAAGAAAACGAUGGGGUACUUGAAGAAGUUAUCGCCGGUCGGUAUGCCGCCGCAUCAUAGGAAAACGCAUGUUCAAUGGGACCUAGUCCGUUCAGAGUUUGAAGAUCUGUUGGAUGCGGAGGACUCGGAACUCGAAGACGCGAUCUUUGAUAGCAUUCUUAAGGGACAAGUAGAGGCCUCUAAGUCUUUUAAAAAGAUCGAUGUAUACUCCAAGCGUGUAGGUGCCUCUAUGUCUUCCAGUCCAGAAGGGCAUUGUUUUGUCAAUGGGAAACACUUUGACAUGAGCGAGACCUUCCUUCGCAGCAUGCAAAUAGAAGUGAAUAGACAGGUACAACAUCUUCAAGAGGAGUUAUACGAGGGAAAACUAGUAGAUGAUAAUGGCGGUUCCGUGUCGACGUACUUUUACGACCUUCCCACGACUCAGAAAACGAGGAACCGGUUCAUCAUUCCUUCAAAUGCGAUCGGAGGCGUGCGCAUAUAUAACCUCCCAGAACUGUUUGUUCGCACAGGCUUCGACGCCGGCCCUGGUGCUUUCGUAUAUCCUCCCGAGGGGGAAACACCCAUUACGCUCUUCCUCAUCGCUGAUUUUAACACCGAGGAUGGGCUCGAACUUCUAAAGUCGGCAUUGAUGUCGAUUGACGAAGGAUCUGAAACUCGACUGUCGUUCAUUCACAAUCCAAGUGAUCCAAAGUUGGAUAUUACAGCGCAGCAAACGCUCGUCGCGUGGUUGUUAAUGCAUCUCAUAUCUAAGGGACUCCUGUCGAAGUCGUCACCAGCUCAAUUGAUGACAGCUUUGGGACUGGAAGCCACUUUGUCAACGGAUGGAGGAAGCUCACAGUUACCCUUGUCUCAAGAAGGCACCUUUCAGGCACUCGCAGGACAAUCGAAAGUGGAUCCCAAAAAAAUGUCACAGCUCAUAAAGAGUAGCCGUUUACUGGUGCGGGACAUACAGCUACCUGCAGGUUCCCAGGGUAUCCUUGUAAAUGGAAGAGUUAUUGGACCAUUGGAAACUAAAGAGUUUACUUCUGUAGACUUCCAGGCGUUAGAAACGUAUGAGCUGCAUAGGCGUGUCGAUUCUGUGGUAUCUGCGUUACAUGACAUCUUACCCUCUGCUGGCGAGCUCGAUCGGCAAGUAAAAUCUCCUUCGGACACACAUCCAACUUACAGAACAGUUAGUGCGUCGUUGGCCAACCUGGUCUCACUGGCUUCGUCGGUUAUAUCAUCGAUAAGUUUGCCUGAUCCAAGUGAGGUUGGUCUUUUCGAUACAGCACCGAGACCUCGUCAAAGAAACUACAGGGUCCUCGAGAGCGAAUAUACCGGUUUCGAAUAUGGUGAUAAUACCACGGCGUUAUAUCAAAUUUCCGCCAUUAUUGACCCUAUAGGCGAACUUGCUCAGCGUUGGUCAAGUCUAUUACAGUGGAUAUCUACUUUUCCGGACACCUACAUUGAGAUACAUUUGAAUCCCGGACCACAUAGUGAAAUUCCACUGAAACGUUUCUUCCGGUACAAUUUGAUUCCAUCGCUGUCUUUUGAUGAAGAUGGACAAGAGCUUCCUGCCCAAACCAUCUUCGAAGACCUGCCCGUUGAUCCUAUUUAUACGCUUGCUAUGGAUGUACCUUCCUCCUGGCUUGUCCGACCGAGAGAGGCCCUAUAUGAUCUGGAUAAUAUUCAACUGGGUAGCAUAUCACCGGAAGAUAGCAGUGUCGACGCUGUGUUUGAUCUGGACUACAUCGUCGUGGAAGGCCACGCUCGUGAAACCGUAACCGGAGCCCCUCCUCGUGGUGUCCAAUUAGAGUUGCGUAGCGGCGACAAUCCGGCGGUUGAUGACACCCUUAUUACAGCAAACUUGGGCUACUUCCAAUUCAAGACUAAACCUGGGGUGUUCAAACUGGAAAUUCGAGAAGGACGCGGACGAGAUAUUUUCACUAUUGAUAGUGUCGGUAAUGAAGGAUGGAAUAGUCCAAGCGUAGAUGUCGUAGGGAACGAGAUGACGGUUACGAGCUUCGAAGGCUUGACUUUGUACCCACGGUUUAAUAGGGAGCCUGGGAUGGAGACGGUUGACGUGCUUGACCCGCGAUACAAGAAAGCCGACGAUUCCGAGGGGUUGUUGGGUGGCAUAACUUCAAUAUUCAGAUCUGUCUUCGGUUCUACCGAUUCCUCCAUAGCUGCUGUUAACAAACAAGCCGAUAUCAACAUUUUUACUGUCGCCUCAGGAUUGCUCUAUGAGAGAUUCGCCUCGAUUAUGAUUCUUAGCGUGAUGCGCAAUACCAAGAGCACUGUCAAGUUCUGGUUCAUCGAAAACUUCCUUUCGCCCUCUUUUCUGGAAUUUAUUCCUCAUCUUGCCAAGGCUUACGGAUUCCAAUACGAGCUGGUGACUUAUAAGUGGCCGUCGUGGUUACGUGCUCAAAAGGAGAAACAAAGAAUCAUAUGGGCGUACAAAAUACUUUUCUUAGACGUCCUCUUCCCUAUGGACCUCAAGAAAGUUAUCUUUGUAGACGCGGAUCAGAUAGUCAGAGCUGAUCUUCAGGAACUGGUGGACUUAGAUCUUCACGGUGCACCUUAUGGUUACACGCCCAUGGGUGAUGAUAACACCGACAUGGAAGGCUUCCGCUUCUGGAAGACCGGAUACUGGAAGGAUUUCCUGAAAGGACGCCCGUAUCAUAUCAGUGCACUGUAUGUUGUUGAUCUCGUUCGGUUCCGUCAAUUCGCUGCUGGUGACAUAUUGCGUGGCCAAUACCAGCAGUUAUCAGCCGAUCCGAACUCGUUGGCGAACUUGGACCAAGACUUGCCAAACAACCUGCAACGCGAGGUCCCGAUAUUCUCAUUGCACGAAGACUGGCUUUGGUGUGAAACUUGGUGUAGCAAGGACCGGCUGCAUAGGGCCAAGACCAUCGACCUUUGUCAGAACCCGCAAACGAAAGAGCCCAAAUUAGCCAGAGCACGAAAGAUACCUGAGUGGGAAGUAUACGACACAGAGAUCUCUCAGUUUACUCGCAAGCUUGAUGAAGAGGGCCUUAUAAGAUCCCGCAUUGCGACUGCUGAUACCAAUGUGCUAGCUGGUGCUGGAAGUGCUCCCAGCAGUAGUCCUGGUUCUACCACUGACCCGACGGACAACAGUGGAGAUGAUUCCGCAGAUGGUUUCAGAGACGAACUAUAGGAUUAAGCUUAGAUUUACAUACUUGUUGUGGAGAUACGGCGAACACAUCCUCGCAGGAACGAACGACCAGUGCCAACAUGCAUCUUGCAAAUUGGAUAAAAGGAUAAUAUUCAUACAUACGCCAUUUAUAUUCCUAAAACAACUUGGUGC